AUGUUGAAAUUGCUUGUAAUUGCUGUUGCUAUUGAAUGUGUAAUUGUUGUGUCAGGAUCAGAGCGGUGCAAUGGACGUCAUGAAUACUACGAAAAAUGCAUUAAGACAUGCGAUCCUCAAACUUGUGAAAGUGCUGGGGAAACAUUUCACUGUCCAAUGAGAUCCAAAUGUAAAGGUGGCUGCAGGUGUAAGCGGGGAUAUUUGCGGAACGAAAAUAAAGAUUGUAUACCUAGUGAUCGAUGCGAUGAUGAAAAUUACGAUAUAUCUUCGACAUACUAUACACCAACAUCAAAGCAUACAGUCGAAAAGUCUGGCAAAGAAAGUCACAAGCAUAGUAAGGACAGUAGCAGUUUUUUGAGUGAAAAUGAUUCAAGUUUAAGUACUAUUAGUCAAACCCCACCAGCGAGGCACACAUACUGCCGCCGCCACGAAGUAUGGUCAGAAUGUACGAACGGUGGGUGCGGCAGGCGCACUUGCUCGGAUUUGGCAUCACCGGUUAUUUGCAUUGACCCAGCCAGGGGUUACUGCCGAUCUGGAUGCGUUUGUAAAGAAAACUAUCUUCGGAAUCGACAUGGAGUUUGUGUGCCGAUUUCUAAGUGUCCUACACCCCAAUGCCAAGAGAACGAGGUAUAUCUUCGAAAUAGGGAGACGGUGAAUCAUCCACAAUCGUGCUGGCAGUACUUAUAUGCUAAUCUUGACGAUUUGGUCGAGACACAAGGACCAGAAUGCAUUUGCAGGAAAAACUAUGCCAGGAACAAUGACGGGCAAUGCAUUCAUAUAAGCAACUGUUUUCACAACAUACGAAGAAAAAGAUCAAUUUGCGGGAAUUAUGAGGAGUUCGUACUGAAUACAGCUGGCAUUUCACGGCCUCAAAAUUGCUGGAGAUAUAUUUUAGGUUUUCCAAAAAGUACAGAACUCUUAUUGAAACCAGGUUGUGUGUGUAUUGAAAACUACGUAAGAAAUAGCACGGGUUCAUGUAUACCUUCUACAGAAUGUGGUGAACUCAUGUUAACGGGCUGA